AUGUUGGUUGACCCGGCCAUUGCCACCGCCAAGGGUAACAAGGAAAAGGCCAAGCUCAAGUCGCUGGUGGUGGCCAAGAAGGCCCUGCGCCAGUUUGUCCGCGCCGACGCGCCCUACGCCACCGCUGUCGGCGAUGCUGCAGCGGCCCUGGCCGAUCUGGAGGCCUUUGAUCUGGUGGCCGAGCUCGGCGCUGUUGCUCCGCGCAAGCCGUACUGCUUUGACGGCUGGCGUGCCAUCGAAGCUCUGCGCGCGGAUGCCGACACCAUGCCGCUCUUUGACGCCGUCUACCCGCUGCUGCUGGUCAUGAAGGACGACGCCCUGCCGCUGGAGCAGCGUGUCGCCGCCGCCAACACCCUCACUGCCCGCGCCGCCCCGACCGCCUCGACCGCCACUGCCACCAUCGAAGACCUCAUCACUUGCGAGGCCUACAUCCUUAUCCGCGCCCUCCGUGACCGCGGUGCCCGUGAGCCGGCCGUCCGCGACCUCGCCGACGCCUGCCAGACUCUGCUCGGCGUCCUGGGCGAGAACGGGAACUGGACCGGUUACGCCCUCGCCGUCGAGCAGGGCCGCGACAACGAGCUCCGCGCCAAGCGGACUUGCGCCAAGUGCCGCACCCUCAUGGCCGAGGGCACCGCCCUUAAGCGCUGCUCUCGCUGCAAGAAGACCGUCUACUGCUCCCGUGACUGCCAAGUCGCCCACUGGAAGAUCCACAAGCCCGCCUGCAAGGCCGUCGCAAAGGCAUAACUGCCCUGUGGCCAAGGGCUCUGCUUCAAGCUUUACGGUACGAAUGUCCAUCGCGCAAGCCGCGCUCCGCGACGCGCCACAGACGUCGCAACGUCCAUCAAUCGCGGUAAAAGAGUAGUACAA